AUGGCCCCACCUACCAGAGUCCCCCUGCACAGUUCAGAUGGACAGGACCUCCCCGAUAACACCUCCAUCCUCGCUCGCUGGUCUGAGCACUUCCAAAGCCUCUUCAGUGCUAACCGUACCAUACAGGACGCUGCCAUCCUUCGCAUUCCUCAACUUCCACUCAAAGAGGAGCUCAACAAACCACCCACCCUCGAAGAAACGAUUGAAGCCAUAGGAAAACUCAAGAGUCACAAAGCAGCAGGAGUUGACGACGUCCCACCAAAAAUCUGGAAGAAUGGAGGUCCAAUGCUCCAUGAUUUUCUUGUCUGCUGCUGGGAGCAGAGCAAGCUGCCACAGGAUCUUCGCGACACCGUCAUCAUAACCCUGUACAAGAACAAGGGUGAAAAGUCUGACUGCUUCAACUACUGGGGAAUCACCCUACUCUCCAUUGCUGGCAAAGUACUUGCCAGGAUCCUGCUCAAUAGGCUAGUAUCAACCAUCGCUGAAGAAAACCUCCCCAAGAGCCAGUGUGGCCUCAGAGCCAACAGAGGCACAACGGAUAUGGUGUUCGUCCUCUGCCAACUCCAGGAAAAAUGCCAAGAACAAAACAGGGGACUCUGUGCUGCUUUUGUCGACCUCACAAAAGCAUUUGACACAGUGAGCAGAACAGAACUAUGGCUCAUCCUGGAACGACCUGGCUGUCCCACCAAGUUUCUACAGAUGUGCCUCCAAGCCCACACCAAGACCCAGGAGAGGCUGAUCCAAGACCUUCUCUUCAUAGACGACGCUGUCCUUGUUGCCCAUACAGAGCGAGCUCUGCAGCGCAUCACGUCCUGUCUUGCAGAUGCCUCACGGCUCUUUGGCCUGGCAGUCAGCCUCAAGAAGACGGAGGUACUUCACCAACCUACACCCCAAGAGGAUUACCACCCACCCCACAUCACUAUAUGUGGUACCAAACUGAAAUCAACUCAGCAGUUUACAUACCUGGGCUGCAUCAUCUCAUUCGAUGCAAGGAUCGACAAAGAAAUUGAAAAUAGACUCUCUAAGGCAAAUAGGUCCUUUGGGAGAUUGUACAAACGUGUUUGGCACAAUAAUAACUUGAAGAACAAAACAAAGAUCAGUGUCUACAGGGCCGUUGUUCUCACCACUCUUCUCUAUGGUUCAGAGACCUGGAUCACUUACCGCAGUUACAUCCGUCUCCUCGAGCGCUUCCACCAACGAUGUCUCCGCACCAUCCUCAACAUUCACUGGAGUGAUUUCAUCACAAACAUUGAAGUCUUGGAGCGGGCCGAGAUCCCCAGCAUUGAAGCCAUGCUACUGAAGUCCCACCUCCGAUGGGCAGGGCAUGUCUCCAGAAUGCCCUGUUUGGCGAACUCUCCAUCGGCCACCGUGUGA